AUGAAUAAAAGUGAAGAAAAUGGACAAACUCAAAAAAAUACUGCUUACAAAACCAACAAAAAAAAAUUGUGUAAAAAUAUAAUGAAUGAAGAACAUCCUUUUUAUGUAAAUUAUGAUAUACUUGUAAAAAAUUAUAAAAAUGAAAAAAAUUAUAUUGAUCUAAACCUUGAAAUUAAUUAUAAUUUAGAAGAAAUAGAAGAAAACAACGAAAAUAUAAAAAAGUGUAUAUUUAUACCCAAUUCGAAAAAUAAGGGUAAUUUAUGUGAGCAAAAAGCUAGAUCAAAAAAUGAAAAAAUAAAUAACCAACAUGAAACUAAUUACAAUAUAGACGCUAAAAAUAAUUUUAUUUCAUCAAAGCACAAAAAAAAAAACAACAACCCAAAUUGUGAAAAUAGAGAAAGUAGUAGAACCAACCAGACAGAUCAUAGUGUAAGUUCUGGAGAAGAAAGGAAAAGAAAUAGAGAUAAAAGUAAAUGUAGAAAUAACAUAAAAAAUAAAAAUAACCAUGAAUCUUAUUCUUCUGAUUCAAAUGGUACCUAUUGCUCAGACUUAUCUGAAAAUUAUUCCGAAAUUGAGAAAAAAAGUAUGAACUUUUCUCAACGAAUUACAUAUGAUGAUAUAAUACCCAAUAAGAUAAAUCUAUAUGAUACAACACUUGAUUUAAAUAGUUACAUGAAUAAUAAAAAUAAAAACAAAGAUCAAAAUGAUGUUGAUUAUAUAUCAUAUGGGGUAAACAAACUAAAACGCGCAAUAUCGAAUAACUCUUCUUUAUUAUUUGCUGAUAAUAAUACUGAAAACUUUAACUACACACAUAAUAAUAAUUCUAGCAGUAAUGACAAUAGAAGUGAUACCAAUCAUACUGAGAUUUACUCGCCAAAUAUUUUUUCGAAGCAACAUAAAUAUGCGUUCCUGGAUCAAUUAUAUUGUUCUAAGGAGGAAGAACGAAACAAUAAUCCGUCCAUCGAAUUAGCAAGAGAAAGGAGCUCACCUAUACGCCUACAAUUUAAUAAAAAGGAUAAAAUAUUAAAUAGAAGAAAAAGUGAAGAUGAUAUAUUAAAUAAAUAUGAAAAAAUAAUAAAAAUAAUGAAAUAUUUAAGAAGGAUAAAAACUCGACAUCCAGAAAUUGAAACUAUUGUUUCUAUUCUGUCUAAUAAUAUUAAAAAUGUCACGUUCAAUUGUGAGAAAAUGUUUUCAUCAAGACGUGAGCUAAAUGACUUCUUAAAAAAAAUAUACAUCUAUCAAAUUUUCCUACUAAAAAAAGUAGUUUUUAAAAAGAAUUAUUCCCCAAAAAAUAAUUACAGUAAAAUAUGCAAUAGCAAAAACCCUUCAACGCAAAAAGUAUCAUUUGUAAAUAUCAAUCAAUCCCAUCUAAGAGACUACUCAGAAAUCCCUGAUGACACAAAGAGAGAUUCUAAUUACUUACUCUACUAUCUAAGCAAAAAUCGUUCCUUUAAUAUACCAAAUAACCUUUUAUAUGAAAAUUCAAAUGUAAAUAAAGAUCAUAUUAAUAAAAAUAGACAAAAUAGUGUUGAUAUGUUAGGCAAUAUACACAAAUAUAUAGAUAAAAAAAGUACAAAAAAUAUAGAAGACAAAACAUAUUAUCCAUGCAUAAAUGAAAAAGAUAGAAAAAACAACAAAAAUAAAAAAUAUAAUAAUAAAAGUAGUGACAAUUCUGACGACGAAAAAAAUCAAAAUUAUAAACGAUAUGAUAAUAAAAUAAAGGAAAAUAAAAAAAAAAAUCAUAAAAAUAACAAGCAUAAUAUCAAUUCUGAUAAUGCAUUAGAUAAAAUCGAACAGUGCCAAGAGAAAAGAGACAUAUUUUCGAAACCAAGAAAGAAUCAUAUAUUAAAUAUAAAAAACGAAUUAACCAAUACAAGAGAAAUAUAUACCAAUGAUGAUAAUAAUAGUAAUACAUUUGUCAAUGCCACAUUAAAUGAAUGCAAGCCAAAUAAAAAUUAUUUAAAGCGGAUUGACAAUGCGGAAGAUAGACAUAUUAUGGAUGAUCCAUAUGCCAAAGGGGAAUCAGAAAAUUCCAAUUUUAAUAUCACACAAAAACGAGGACAAUUUGAAAAAAAAUAUAUGGUUUUAAAAAAGGAACUAAAUAUGAAUGCUCUUAAUUUAGAGAAUAAAUGUGCCCCUAUCAGAAAAAAUAUUUCCGAAAAUGAGAAAUUUCCAAAUAACUCUAUUGAUAAAGAUAAAAAAACUUACGUGUUAUACUAUGAUGUCAAUAAAGAAAUAAAUACCAUAUCUAAUAGAGAUUCUGUUACGCAUGCAUUGAAAACGACCCUUUUAAAUAAACCCCAAAAUUUUGCGGCCCUUCAGAAUUUUUUAUUUAAAAUUGAAGUGGAGCUAGUCGAAUAUAAGCAUUUUAUUUUGUUAAUAACUAAAAAUUUUAAAAAACUGAAUCUAGAAGCUUUAUACGGAUUAAAUGAUUUUUCUGUUUUUGAAAAGGUAUAUGGGAAAAAAAUAGCUCCGAGAUUUUUAGUUUCUCAAAAAGUAAAAAUGUUUUACAAAUAUGAUAUAUUUUAUCAAAGAUUUAAGGAACUUGAGAAUGUUCGAGCAUUCAGUGGAAUUACUGAUGCAGUAGAAUUAAUAUGA